GGUGGGAGUGGGUGGUGGGGAUAACUCGAAUUGAUAAGACAGAAGAAGAACCAGUAGAAAGGAAGAAGAUAAGGAUUUCGAUGCAAUGAGAAAAGUACUCGAAGUAGUGAUAUUAUAUAUGCCUGUAAGAAAAAAAGAGAGAGAGAGAAGGAAUUAAAAUAAAAAAAAAGAAAAAGGAAAAAAAAUGAAAGAAUGAGAGAGAGAGAACGAGAUAAAAUAUAACGAGGCUCACAAUCGGUAAAUGGAAACACUAUAAUAUGGGAUAUUCCGUCGCGGGAUAAAAACGAGAAUAGACGGAUCGUCACUGAACGAAACAGAAAAUACGAUUUCGAUCGUUUUCAAAGUGUUUUCAAAGCUUAGAAUCCGAGAAGGAAAGACGACAAUAGUGUUCGUUAAUUAUUACAUUUAACUAACAGAAAUACAGAGAGAGAGAGAGAGAAGAUUACGUCAAACAUUCGUAACCCGUUCGUUUAUUGGAAUUAUCGAGUGAUAUAAUACUAGAAAACUAAUUAAUUAAUCAACGGAAUUGGAAACAUUGGAGACGGGAUGUUUGAUACGAUUUGAUACGAAAACAAGAAAAAAAAAAAAAAAACGAGAAAAGAAAAUAAGGGAGGACCUGUCUCUUGUUCUCGUCCACCACCCUCCCCCAACCCCCCCUGUUUGUCAUCGAGCAAAUGAAAGAACACCAUUAUUACAAAAUACUCAAAGCAACAUGGCAGAAAGAAAUGUUGGAAUUUCUCAAGAAACCCUUGUCUCCCAAGCUGGUCAAUCGAUUAAAGCAAAGAGAUUUUUUCAAUACAUUGCAAGUUUAGCUGCAACAUUAGGAGCAGUAGCAGCAGGAAUGAUGUUAGCAUGGACCUCGCCGGCUGGUGAUGGUGGUAUCAAAUUAUCAAAAGUAUAUAACGUCCCCAUUAGCGAAGAAGAAUUCUCAUGGAUUGGAGCACUAGCACCACUUGGUGCUGCAGUAGCAUGCAUACCAAUUGGUAUUCUAACAGAUAUAAUAGGCAGAAAAAAUUCAAUGUUAAUCCUUGUAGUUCCUUUUACAGUCGGUUGGUUGCUUAUUAUAUUUGCAAAUUCUAUAGCUAUGUUUUAUGUUGGAAGGUUCAUUACAGGUUUCAGUGGUGGUGCCUUUUGUGUGACAGCUCCUAUGUAUACCGCAGAAAUAAGUGAAAGUGAAAUUCGGGGAAGUACAGGUUCCUAUUUUCAAUUGCUUCUCACCAUUGGUAUUUUAAUAGUAUAUCUUUUAGGUACCUGUGUAAAUAUGUUUGUAUUAUCCAUUAUAUCUGCGAUUGUACCAUUAAUCUUUGCUGUAGUAUUCUUCUUUAUGCCAGAAACUCCAACAUAUUAUUUAAUGAAAGGGAAUGAAAGCGCUGCUAGAGCAAGUUAUGUUCGACUUCGUGGCGCCCAUUAUAAUGUAGAACCAGAAUUAAGUAUACAGAAAGAAACGCUGGAGCAGUCUAGUAGAAAUAAGACAUCUUUCUUAACUGCAUUGAGAUCGAAGGCUUGUAAGAAAGCCAUUUUAAUAUCAUAUGGUCUGAUGUUAUUCCAACAAUUAAGUGGAGUAAAUGCUGUUAUAUUUUAUGUUGGUUCUAUAUUUGAGAAAGCAGGUGGUGAUCUUGAUCCCAACGUAGCUAGUAUCAUAGUAGGUGUAAUGCAAGUAGGUGCAGUAUUUGUUAGCACGUUGAUAGUUGACCGUUUAGGUAGGAGAUUAUUACUUUUGAUAUCUAUCAUUGCUAUGUGUAUAUGUACCUUCUUACUUGGUAUUUACUUCUUUCUUUCUCAAGAAGUAGGUGUAACUGGCAUAGGCUGGUUACCGCUCCUUUCUGUUUGCGUUUUUAUCAUUUUAUUUUCACUUGGAUUUGGUCCUCUUCCGUGGAUGAUGAUUAGCGAACUUUUUGCUCCAGAAAUUAAAGGUAUCGCUGGUAGUAGUGCUUGUUUAUUGAAUUGGUUAAUGGCAUUUAUUGUUACCAAAGUUUAUGCUAACUUAAAUAAUGUUUUGGAAUCCUAUGGUACAUUUUGGUUAUUUUCAGCAAUUUGUGCUAUAGGUAUUGCUUUUGUUAUUAUUUUGGUACCAGAAACAAAAGGAAAAAGUUUAGAACAAAUUCAACGUGAAUUAAACACUUAGUUAAUUAUUAAAAGAAAUCUCUGGCAUCUAAACAUGUAAAAUACAUUGUAAUAUAAGACAUUAAACAUUUUCAUAUUGCAAGACUGAUUCUUUUAUAAAUAUUAAAAGUCUGUAAUAUGUUAUAUUACAUAAUAUA